AUGGGAUUGCACUUCCACAACAUGGAACUCUGGCUUUGGGUUGGAUCUGGAACUUCAACAGAACGCAGACCUAGGAGUGGGAAGUGGCGAGAGGGAGUUUCUAUUUCAAGUUUUGCAUAUGACCCAGUAACAACCUUUGAGAUUCCUGCUUCGAAUUUUACAAUGCUGUGCACACUGCACAAGCAAGCAGCUGUCGUAAAAGGCAGAAGCUGGCAGCUACACCCACGUAGGAAUUCAAAUAGUCGCCACUCUUGGCUUCAUGAGCAUGUGAGAAAUGCAAACACAUCGCGUUCAAAUAGCACCAGCCCAAAAGGAUUGCAUAGCCAAGAUGGCUUCAGUUGUUGCCUCUGGAAAGAAGCUGAUAUGCAUUGCCCUGCACAUUUCAUCACAGAACAAAGUAUCAGAAUGAACAUCAAAUGUUGGACAGCUGGAGACUUUACACAGUUGGUUUGUGACAUGAAACCAAGCGACUGGAAGAUCAAGAAGUUAGUAAACUGCAGGAUGUACCAUUUGAAUGCACUAUCAUUUGACCAGAAGGAAGGCAACUUGUCAAUGUUUGUUAGUAACUGCUAUCAGCAGCACACAAUUAAGUGCAUUAUAUCUUCCAUUGACCUAAAUCGCAAGUAUUUCAUGUGGAUAGAAUUGAUCACCAAUUCUGAAACCUUCCAGUCUUCUUUGAUGUUUGUCACACCUAUUAAUGUAGUUAAGACAAAUCCUCCAUUAAAUCUUCAAACUGAAAUGACAUCUGAAGGAUUUUUCAAACUAAGUUGGACAGGUCCAAAUCCUGAACCAUAUCUGGUCCAGUUUGAAGUAAAAUACUCUACAGGCACCCCAGAAAGAGUCUGGAAGGUUAAGGAUGUCUGGGAAAACUCUUUGAUCCUACGUGAUUUGCAGAGUGACCUUUCUUACCUAGUUGUUGUUCGCUGUAAGUGCCGCAGUGGGCCAGGGUUUUGGAGUGAUUGGAGCAAUCCUAUUCAGCUGGAUGUACAGGGCCUUUUCAUUUUCGGUGAGUGUGCUGCCGACUCUGGCGUGUGCCUGCCGACCGAACUAUCGAGCAACUGUGCGUUGACAUCCUCAUACUCGGCCGAUAUCAACGCGUGUCAUUUGACACUCGGUCAAGUCGGGCAUGCACGCGUCCCACCAGCCGAGUGA